UACCAAUGAUUGUGAAGACGGUUUGGUUCGGUCGAAAGCACAUUCUUUUAUAUGGCGAUCUGCUUCAAUUACCUCCUGUACAUCAAGGUCCUAUUUUUGUACGAUUACCAAAUGACAAAAUUAAUAAAUGUGUAGGUUCUUUAACUGCUGUUAAUUUGUGGACUACAUUAUUUGAUUAUGAUGAGUUGACGAUCAAUAUGCGUCAGCAAGGGGAUGACUCUUAUCGACAGUUGUUGUCAAGAAUUCGUAUUGGUUUAUUGACAAAGUCUGAUUGCGAGAUUCUUGAAAAUAGACAAAUAUCGUUUAAAGGUGAUUCUUUUGAAUCUAGAUUAACCGAAUUACGUAAUUUUAUUAAUGAUUUUCCGUUGGACAUUGUUUGUUUAUUGCCUACUCGUCAUAUGUGUGAUGUUCUUAAUGCUGCAAUGUUAAACCGCAUUGCUUCGAAAGAGAUAUUAAUUGCCGAAGACACGAUUGACUGUAUAUCAUAUGUGAGAAAGAAAGUAUCAAAAGUAUUAUCGAAUAAUGAUGAUGAUAAUUCUAAAACUGGACUUUAAAAAGAAAUUGCAAUUAAGAUUGGAGCAAAAGUUAUGAUAAGGCGUAAUAUUGAUGCUACUUUAGGUCUUGUGAAUGGUACAAUAGCUAAGGUAAUAUCAGUUGUACAAGAUACGUCUACCGAUGAUGUAGAAAAAAUAAAGCUUCUUUUACCAUCAGGAUUAGAAUAUUUAAUUGAAAGAGUGAGCGUUAAAUUUGAAGUGGUGGAUAGAGCGUUUGUUACUAGAAAACAAUUUCCAUUGUGUCUGAGUUAUGGAAUCACCAUUCAUAAAAGUCAAGGAUUGAGCUUACAAAGUGCUAUUAUGAACAUAGGCAACUCUAUAUUUAAUUGUGGUCAAGUUUAUGCUGCAUUAUCACGAGUAACCUCUCUAAAAGAGUUGCAUUUAAUUAACUAUGAUCCUUCGUCAGUAAUAGCUGAUGAAAAAGCUAUUAGGGAAUAUAAUCGACCAAGAAAUCAGUACAAACCAGAAACAGAAAUAAUUACUGUUGCAAAAGAACGUUAUCGCAAAGUGAAAGAUGUUCCAUGGGCAUUGUCAAAAGUAAGUGCUUCAAUUCAAGAGAAUUAUCAAAAUAAAAAAUUACGGCAAAAUGUUGCUUGGGUUUUACAUGGUUUACAAAAUACAGACAAUGUCUCGUGUUAUGCAAAUGCAGCAUUACAAUGUCUAAUUUAA